UUUUAUUUUCAGUAAUAAUAUAAAUGAUGACAGUUUUCCUUUCGGCUGCUAUAAUACAUCAAAAGUAUUACACAUUUCUCUCUAUUCACUAGUCACCGUCACUAUACCGGAUCUGUUCCACAAAGUAUCCAGCCAUGUCAUAUAAAAAUAGAGACAUUUAUUGAAUAAGAUGCAAGAAACAUUGUACAUAUAACAAUGAUGCCACAGUCCCCUUCAAAGUUGGCACCUUGGGACCUCAGUUCUCCCAUAGUCUCUUCCAAUGUUCAAAACAUUCUGCAAAAUCCUUUCUGAGAAUUGCCAUCAGCGAUCUCGUCAUAUUAACCUAAAUCUCAUUGAUGGUCUGAAAUCUCUUCCCUUUCAAGGUGAUUUUAGUUUUGGGAAAAGCAUGAAAUCGCAGGGCGGAAAUCUUUCAACAGAUUCCUGACCAUCUUUGAAGCAUUUGUGCUGCACUCAUUGCACUGUCCUCAAAAGCCUUCUGAAUCAUCUGAAUAGUUUCCGUAGAAGAAUGUUCCAGCUUAACUCAAAAUUUGAUGCAGAUUUGCUGUUCUCCUCGCUCAGUCAUUUUGAGUGUGAUUGCCACACAGUACACAUGCUCACUCAACGGCUAGCUUCCCCACUGACUAGUACAGUGAAGUCGAUAUUGUUCACGCAAGCGCAUUCCAGUCCACUUUCCUUGGAUGACAGGUUACAUUGAUGUCGCGCAAACAGUUAUAUUAACAAUGACUGGACUUUUUUCUGGAUAAACCUUGUAUAAUGAUAUGCUUUGCACAGCCCAACCUUAUUCUUGGUUACACUCUUUAGUCUUAGCUGCAGCCUUUCCUGAUUCCUUCUUCCAUUGUUCUAUGGCUCUACUGGUUACUUCACGGACCUAAUCCUAAUUUUCAUCUCUAGGAUCUGUGGCUACCAUAUUUCAGCAUCACGACCGACAUCAGCUCUUCUACAAUGCGAGUUCACAAAGAAGGUAAGAGGUAUGCGAGCAUAGAUUGUAACAAAUACGAAUUGGUAGGGAAAAGUACAUACAAAUGUAAAAUAUGAUAAACAGCACUGACCUGCUGACACCCACUUAGCUGCCAGUUUUGUCCGAGAAAGGUGGCUGUACGCGUUUUCUACAGAGAUCGCAUGCCACUCUGUGUGUACUUCACACCAGUAACAAUUUCAGUCCUUCUCCUACAGGCUGCUUAUGGCGUUAUGUUCGAGCCAGUGCCUCCUAUACCCCUUAUCUUCCUCCACUCUGUGACCCCCAGGAUUCCCACCUGCUCCUGGAUGGCUGCUAUGUGAAUAACCUGCCAGGUCAGUACUUUUAUUUUAAUUUCGAUAGGAGUCAUUUUACAGUGACUUCUUCAAGCAUAAUGUUAUUGCGUUCUCUUCCCUUAAUCUAACUCAUAUAUCACAAACCUGUGCUGACAUUUUACUUUUCUCCAAUAUGCAUCUCUUGUGUUUUCCUUUUAAUUUACCUUUUUAUGUUCCUUUAUUGAUUUUCUUGAGUUUUCAAUUUAUUUCACUGAUGACUUUAAUUUUUUAUUGAUAUUUUUCCUACACUUAUUUUUAAAUUUUCCUCUUAUAUAUAAUUCUCAGUUACAUCCUACUUGCCCUAAUGCUCUAUGACAUCUCCAGUUUUGCACCAUUUUCAGCGGACGUGGCUCAUUCCCUUGGAGCCCGCACUGUUCUUGCAAUUGAUGUUGGCCAGCAGAAGGAGUGGAACACAUGGAACUAUGGAGACAGCUUGUCUGGCUGGUGGCUGCUGUGGAAUAGACUUAACCCCUGGAGUGAAAAAGUCAAGGUAUUCAGCCUUUGGCAUACAAAGUUUACAUAUGUCUUCUGUGUUAAAGAGCCGUGUGCAGGAUUUGACAAAUGCAUUAUUUCUUACAUUUCAUAUAUUCAAUAA